AAUUAAUUAAUUGAAUUGAAAAUAUGGCCGACGAGGACGAUGAGGUCACCCACAGAGUGGCAGCGCCUCCGGUGCGUAAGCCAGAUGACGAGACUGCGUUUCUGGAGUCGAUUGAGAUGGAAAACUUCAAGUCCUACCGCGGCCACAUUGUUGUGGGUCCUCUGAAGCAGUUUAACGCUGUUAUUGGACCCAAUGGCUCGGGCAAGUCUAACUUCAUGGACGCCAUCAGUUUUGUGAUGGGGGAGAAGACCUCAAGCCUUCGCGUAAAGCGUCUGAACGAUCUGAUACACGGCUCCUCCAUUGGCAAGCCAGUGGCCCGAAGCUGCUACGUGACGGCAAAGUUUAUAUUGAACGAGGAGAAGCAUAUGGACUUCCAGCGCGCUGUCAUCAGUGGCUCCUCCGAAUACCGUAUCAAUGGAGAGAGCGUUUCAAGUAGCACAUACCUGAACAAGCUGGAAAAGAUUGGGAUUAAUGUGAAGGCAAAGAACUUUCUGGUCUUCCAGGGAGCUGUCGAGAACAUUGCCAUGAAGACACCAAAAGAGCGCACAGCAUUGUUUGAGGAGAUCAGUGGUUCCGGCCUGCUGAAGGAUGACUACAAUCGCUUGAAGCAGGAAAUGAUAGUGGCCGAGGAGGAGACUCAGUUUACCUACCAAAAGAAGAAGGGCAUAGCAGCCGAGCGUAAAGAGGCCAAACACGAGAAAAUGGAAGCCGAGCGCUAUACACGUCUACAGAAUGAAUAUAACGACAAACAAGUGGAGUAUCAACUGUUUCGUCUGUUCCACGUGGAGAAGGAUAUCCAAAAGUAUAUAGCCGACAUGGAGGUGAAGCAACUAGAAGUAAAGGCCGUCGAGCAGCGCAAGGAAGCCGCCGACGAAGUGCUGCGCGAGAGGAAGAAAGACGCUGGAAAAAUUACACGCGAUUUGGCGAAAAUAGAUCAGGAGAUUCGCGAAUUCGAAACUCAAAUGAACAAACGACGACCGCUGUACAUCAAGGCCAAGGAGAAGGUCUCCCAUUGUAAGAAGAAACUGAUUUCGUUGCAAAAGACCCUGGAGACGGCUCGCGAGGCGGACAACGCCCACCAGCAGGACAUCCGAAAGCUGGAGAAGCAAUUGGCCGAUAUCGAGGAGUUGAAAAAGCGUUUUGAGGACGAGAUCGAGAACGAGUCGCAGCGCCGCGGCAAGAGUGUGAACAUGGAGGAGGGUCUCGUGCAGGAGUACGACCGGCUGAAGCAGGAGGCCGAGGCCACAGCCACACAGUAUCGCUCAGAGUUGGAUUCGGUGAAUCGUGAGCAGAAAUCCGAGCAGGACACACUUGAUGGCGAAACGAACCGCAGAGCCUCCGUCGAGGAGUCCUUCAAGAAACUGACAUUACAGCGCGAAGAGGCAGUCAAGCGACGAGACAAGCUCAUGGAUCACAUCAAAUCCUCGCAGGCAGCCCUCGAAGAACAGAAUCGCAUCAAGGACGAACUGCGCCGAGAUGUGGGCAGCUCUAAGGAGAAGAUUGCCGAAAAGCAACGUGAGCUGGAGAAUGUGCGUGAACAAUUGGGCGACGCGAAGGGCGACAAGCACGAGGAUGCGCGGCGCAAGAAGAAACAAGAGGUCGUGGAGCUCUUCAAGAAGCAGGUGCCGGGCGUCUAUGAUCGCAUGAUCAACAUGUGUCAGCCCACCCACAAACGCUACAACGUGGCCGUCACCAAAGUUCUGGGCAAGUUCAUGGAAGCCAUCAUUGUGGACUCAGAGAAGACGGCGCGCCAUUGCAUUCAGAUAUUGAAAGAACAAAUGCUGGAGGUUGAGACCUUUCUGCCGCUUGAUUACCUACAAGUGAAGCCCCUGAAAGAGCGCCUGCGCAACAUCAGCGAGCCGCGCAACGUGCGACUGGUUUUCGAUGUGCUGAAGUUCGAGCCUCAGGAGAUUGAACGCGCCGUGCUGUUUGCCACCGGCAACGCUUUGGUGUGUGAGACGCCCGAGGAUGCCAUGAAGGUGGCCUACGAGAUCGAUCGAUCGCGCUUCGAUGCCCUCGCCUUGGACGGAACAUUCUAUCAAAAGUCUGGCCUCAUCUCCGGAGGCAGCCACGAUCUGGCGCGCAAGGCGAAGCGUUGGGAUGAGAAGCACAUGGCACAGCUUAAGAUGCAAAAAGAGCGACUCAACGAGGAGCUCAAGGAGCUGGUGAAGAAGUCACGCAAACAGAGCGAGCUGGCGACGGUGGAGUCGCAGAUCAAGGGCCUGGAAAACCGCCUCAAGUAUAGUAUGGUCGACUUGGAGUCAUCCAAGAAAUCAAUUGGUCAAUACGACAAUCAACUGGCCCAAGUGCAAAGCCAACUGGAUGAUUUUGGUCCAAAAAUCAGUGAAAUCGAGCGACGUAUGCAGAAUCGCGAGGAGCACAUCCAGGAGAUCAAGGAGAACAUGAACAAUGUGGAGGACAAAGUAUUUACCGCCUUCUGCCGCCGCCUGGGUGUGAAGAAUAUUCGCCAGUACGAAGAGCGCGAGCUGGUCAUGCAGCAGGAAAGGGCACGGAAACGGGCCGAAUUCGAGCAGCAGGUCGAUGCGAUUAACUCUCAGCUGGACUUUGAGAAGCAAAAGGACACUCGAAAGAACGUUGAGCGUUGGGAGAGAAGCGUUCAGGAUGAGGAGGAUGCCUUGGAGGGCCUCAAGACGGCAGAGGCGCGCUAUCUCAAAGAAAUCGAUGAGGACAAGGACAAGAUGGAAAAGUUCAAGCAGGAUAAGCAGUCCAAGAAGCAGGCGGUCGACGAUAUGGAAGAGGACAUCUCCAAGGCUCGUCGAGACGUGGCCAACUUGGCCAAAGAAAUACACAACGUUGGCAGCCAAAUGUCCUCCGUAGAGUCGAAGAUUGAGGCCAAGAAGAACGAACGCCAGAAUAUACUGUUGCAGGCCAAAACCGAUUGUAUUGUGGUUCCCUUGUUGCGUGGCUCGCUGGACGAUGCAGUGCGCGGUAGCGACGCGGACAAUAGCACCAUGUCCAUGACGAUGGAUAAUCUUAUUGAAGUCGACUACCGAUCGCUGCCCCGCGAAUUUACCAAACUUAAGGAUGAUUCCGCCUUCAAAAAGGCCAAUGAACAGCUACAGAAGGAUCUGCAGGGUAAGCUGGAUGUCCUGGAGCGCAUACAGACACCAAAUAUGAAGGCAAUGCAGAAGCUCGAUGCCGUCACGGAGAAAGUUCAAUCCACCAACGAGGAGUUCGAGAAUGCCCGACGAAAGGCCAAAAAGGCCAAGGCAAACUUCGAAAAGGUGAAGAACGAGCGCUCCUCUCGGUUUGUUCAAUGCUGUCAGCACAUCUCCGAUGCCAUCGAUGGGAUUUACAAGAAACUGGCUCGCAACGAAGCGGCCCAGGCCUACAUCGGACCCGAUAAUCCCGAAGAACCCUAUCUGGAUGGCAUCAAUUACAAUUGCGUGGCACCAGGCAAACGUUUCCAGCCGAUGAGCAACUUGAGUGGCGGUGAAAAAACCAUUGCUGCUUUGGCACUACUCUUCUCCACCCACAGCUAUCAACCAGCGCCGUUUUUUGUGCUCGACGAGAUCGAUGCCGCCUUGGACAACACAAAUAUUGGCAAGGUUGCCUCGUACAUAAGGGAUCACACCACGAAUCUGCAGACGAUUGUCAUAUCCCUCAAGGAAGAGUUCUACGGCCAUGCGGAUGCCCUUGUGGGCAUCACGCCAGCGGAGGGAGAUUGUCUUAUAUCAAAUGUCUAUAUUAUGGAUUUGACCAUCUACGAGGACAACUAGCGAACAUAUUUUGGCUAACAUUAAAUAUAAGAUAUUAAUUAUAGGCACUACCGGUCGCGAAUUUCCAAUAAUAAAGCCAGUAAACAUGUAAUUA